AUGAUUGUAGUGACCGACAAGGACAUGGACACCCCACAACAGCGAGGGUCAGCAGCAUCGGCAGGACAACUCCCAACAGAACUCAUAGUCGCCAUUGGACACCUCCUCGACGGACACUCGCUCGUCACCUCUCUACGCGUCUGUCAUCACUGGCACAAUGCCCUCAUUCCUGUCGUCUGGCAUUCCAUCACCCAGACCCAAUGGCAGCACCCUGCCUUCCCCAUCCAACAACCCCGCGGUCAACGACAACCGCAGUCAGAGCAAGACCCUUUUACCGGACAACUCCCUCCGACACUUUUCCAAGUCCGACAGCUGGAGUGGGUCUGCAACGCCAGUGAAAGCGGCGAUCGUUUCUCCUCUUCGGGAAAUCGCCCCAACCCAUUGACCACCGCUACCCUGGCCCGGAUACUUGAUGCGAUGCCGAACUUGGCCACGCUCUCGCUCCAGGUCUGGGUUUUAACGCCAGACCUUGCUUUCGGCUACGCCCUCCAGAAAUUGAAGCGAUUGAGACGACUUUCGUACGACGUGCGUACUUUUUCCACUUUUCCGAUCGAAGAGCUCUUCCUCCUCUUUUCUCGACUGGACGAGCUAGUAGUUUCUUCGAGGGCGUGGGAAAAGACGCGGCCAGAGGAAUUGAACGAUACCGGGGCAUCUUUAUCACCCACCACUGCCGCUCAAGACCUGUGGAAGCUCAAGAAACUGGGUAUUGCUCGUGGGAACUUGCCGGUACUUCGACAUUGCUCUGACAAGACGUUACGAGAUCUUGUUAUCCGACGAGAGCACAUGAUCAGCAACCAUAUCGACGCAUCAGACUCGUUCCUCCCCAUCCUACGGUUCUCGCAUCUCGACUCUAUACGUCUCCCGAUUGAAUCGUCGCCAGGUCAGCAGGAGGACGUUGUCUUGGUCCUCUCGUCACUGAGGCAGGCGCGCGAAUUGGUUUUGGACGUUUCUGCUUUUAGCGAUCUCGAUUUUUUGAACUCGCCACCCACCAUAUUCGCAUCAGCACGUCAACAGCCCCUAAUUCCUGAGCAGUGGAUACAACGACAGCAACAACAAGUCAUCGGUCAAGGGGACACUGCGGAUGGUGGUGAAGUUGGUGACGAUGGGCUGAUGGUUCUACCACGUCUGGAGCACUUGACGAUUAACUUUAUUCGCCCUUUGGUUGUGCACACCCGCCUGACUACCUUCCGGCGACUUAUGAUGACCCGUCCAAGGUUGAGGACCUUUGUGGUGACCAACUACGAUGUCGAUCCCGAUAUUCUGUUCGAGCAGUCGAGGGUCAGGGCCGAGAGGGAUGGAUGGGUUUGCAGGGACCUUGAAACCCUGAGCCUCAGUUUUCCCAAGGGCAUUUAUUCCAAAACCGCGGAUGGGCGGAACUACACCUGGCAGUCGAUCUAUGGGCAGAUUGGCAAGCUGACCAAGCUGAAGUCGCUUUCGCUUCGGUGUGUGGGGCUGCAGAGGAAUGUUGAAGCAGGAUUCAAACAGCUGGCUGGGGUGACUUGUCUGCAGGAGUUGACUAUGAUUGAUGUCCGGUUCUUGAAGUGGACGGAGGAAGAGGUGGAGUUGUUGUUGCCAUUGGUGCCUAAACUCAAGACUUUUAGUAUGGGUCCGUUGCAGGAUGCAGACUUUUUGUCUGUGGCUACUUGGCUCGUUGACAAUAGUCGCCCUGAUGUUCGCCUUGUGCGUUAA